AUGAAUAACUAUAUCUUAAAACUUUCAAAUAUUAAAUGUUAUGAUUUAACUUUAAAAAAAGAAAAUCAUAACAAUAAUAAUAUAAAUAUCGAUCCUUAUGUAAAAUAUUCAAUGGAUGAAUUUAAAAAAAGUAAAACAGAAACUAUUAGUAAAUCAAUAACACCACAGUUUAAAUAUGAAAAGAUUGUACAAACUACAUUAAAUAGAAAUGAUUUAGUAAGAAAAAUGUUUCAAAUUGAAUGUUGGGAUUCAUGUAUUAUGGGCGAUAACUUUAUUGGUUCAUCACAAUUAGAUUUUUUUACAAUUCUUAAUGGUCCAGUUCAUCAUAAAUUGGUUUUACGUAAUCAAGGUAUUGCAAAUGGUACAGUCGAAUUCGAUUUAGAAAUGUGCGAAUUAACUCAAGUUAAACUUACAUUCGGUAAUCUUAAAGCAAGUUAUUAUGCAGGAUCUUUACCAUUCUCUUCAAUCGACCAAUCAAUUGAAAAAUAUCUCUUUUAUUAUAUUUUAAACCAAUCAAAAAUACAAAAAAUUACAAAAACUUUAAAAACUAAAAAAUCAACUGAUUUAUUUUGGCAAGAUACAUCAUUAGAUCAAAUUAUUUUUACAACAAGCUUAAAAGAUUUAUUAGUAUCUCCAAUAGUUUUUAAUGUAUUACAAUAUAAAACAUAUAAUGGUGAAACUGAUCCAUCAUUAGGUCAAAUUACAAUUACAUUAAGCAAUAUAGUAUUUGAUCCAUCUCAUAUUACUGGCCCAGCUUAUGGAGGCGUUGACCAAAAGAAAAUUCAAUUUGUAGAACCAAUCAUUCAUCAAAAUCAAGUUGUUGGUAUAAUGGAAGGUGAGAUUUAUUUUGAUAAUGUUUCUGAAUAUAUCCAAAUGCAAGAUGCUGUUCAUACUGAAACUGGUAUCCAAUCUUUAAAUGGUACCCAAAUUAGCAUCCCACAACAACAACAAACUUUACCAACUGUACAACAACAACAAAUCCCACAAAAAACCUCCCAACAAAUCCCACAACAAAUUCCACAACAAACCCCACAACAAACUCCAUAUGCACCACAACAAAUUCCACAACAAAUCCCACAACAAACUCCACAACAAACCCCAUAUGCACCACCAGCAUCACAACAAAUCCCACAACAAACCCCACAACAAACUCCAUACGCACCACAAACACCACAACAAACUUCAUAUCAACCACAACCACAAGCACCACCAAGCGUACCAACUGUAAAUAACGUUCAACCAUCACAACAACAACAACAAUCAAGUAAAUAUCAAGGUUUAGAAUAUAAAGACCCAAGAUUACCAGAAGGAUGGGUUAUAAGAGAGGAUCCAACAGGUAAAAAAUAUUAUUGCGAUCAUAACACCAAACAAACCUACUGGACAUUACCACCAAACAUUGCAGCAUUACUUCAAAGCCCAUUACCAGUUAACCCACAAUCACAGCAACCAAAACCAACAACCCCAUUACAACCAUUACAACCAGUACAACAACAAGGUUAUGUUUAUCCACAACAAGUUCAACAACCAGGCUAUGCUUAUCCACAACAACAACAACAAGUUGCAUAUCAACAAUAUCCAUACGUUCAGCAACAAUCAGGUUAUGUAUAUCCACAAUAUUUCCAACAAUAUCCAGCUGGCUCAUAUGUAGUCUCAUAUGGUAGCAACAGUCAUUGCCAUGGUCGUCAUCACCAUUGUUAA